ACUCACUAUUUAAAGGCCAUCAAUCCCAACACAAAAUGUACAAAAAUCAAUCACCAAAAUCAAAAUAUUUCUAAACUUUCACAUUAUUCUCCCUUGAGCUUUCUCACUCACAAUACUACACAUAUUUUUUCCUUAAUUAUCUAGACAUGGUUCAACUUCAAUUAAACUUAAGGGCAUUACCAAAAUUAUUGGUUCUAUGUUUCUUCCUUAUUAUAUGGAAUUUCUACAAAGCUGAGGCUGGAGUUAGACAUUAUAAAUGUGAGGUUAAAUAUGAUUAUAGGUCCCCUGAUUGUUAUAAGAAACUAGUUAUAACCAUUAAUGGGCAAACUCCAGGACCCACCAUUGAGGCACAAGAGGGUGAUACUGUUAUAGUUGAAGUUAACAAUGAUUUGCUCACUGAAAAUCUUGCUAUUCAUUGGCAUGGUAUUAGACAGAUUGGAACUCCUUGGUUUGAUGGAACAGAAGGGGUAUCUCAAUGUCCUAUACUACCUGGAGACACCUUUGUUUAUCAAUUUGUUGUUGAUAGGCCUGGUACAUAUCUUUACCAUGCUCACUAUGGAAUGCAAAGGGAAGCAGGACUAUAUGGAAUGAUUCGUGUGGCACCAAAUGAACCUGAACCCUUUACUUAUGACUUUGAUAGAAGCAUUAUUCUGAAUGAUUGGUAUCAUCAGAGUACUUAUGAACAAGCUGCUUUAUUGUCUUCAAUUCCUUUUCAAUGGGUGGGGGAACCUCAGUCACUUUUGAUUCAUGGAAAAGGAAGAUUCAACUGUUCCUUAACUCCAAGCUUAAAAGCUGAUGUUUGUAAUUCAUCAAACCCUCAAUGUUCUCCUUUUGUACAAACUGUCAUCACAGGGAAAACAUACAGACUUAGAGUUGCAAGCUUGACUGCUUUAUCAGCACUUAGUUUCCAAAUAGAGGGUCAUAACAUGACAGUUGUUGAAGCAGAUGGACACUAUGUUGACCCUUUUGUGGUUCAAAAUCUCUACAUAUACUCAGGUGAAACAUACUCAGUUAUAGUAAAAACUGAUAAAGACCCAUCAAGAAACUACUGGAUCACCUCAAAUGUUGUCAGCAGAAACAGAACAACCCCACCUGGUUUAGCCAUUUUCAACUACUAUCCCAACCAUCCAAUGAGGUCACCACCAACACCUCCACCAUCUCCACCAGCUUGGGACAAUGUUGAUUCAAGGCUAGCUCAAAGCCUUAAAAUCAAAGCUCACCAAAGUUACAUAAACAAACCUCCAACAACAUCAGAUAGAGUCAUAGUUAUGCUCAACACACAAAACAGUAUAGACGGUUAUCGACAUUGGUCCGUGAACAAUGUGUCUUUUUUCCUACCUCAUACACCUUAUCUUAUUGCACUUAAAGAGAACUUUACUGAUGAAUUCAGCCAAACAUCUCCACCUGAUAGCUAUGAUAGUAACUAUGAUAUUUUCAGUGUGGCUAAUAACACAAAUGCAACUUCUAGCAAUGGAAUUUAUAGGCUGCAGUUCAAUAUAACAGUGGAUGUUAUACUUCAAAAUGCAAACACUAUGAAUAAAAACAAUAGUGAGACACAUCCUUGGCAUCUUCAUGGACACGAUUUUUGGGUUCUUGGAUAUGGAAAGGGUAAGUUUGAUGUAAACAAUGACACAAAGAAUUAUAAUUUGGUGAACCCUAUUAGGAAGAACACUGUGCCAGUUCACCCCUUUGGUUGGACUGCUCUGAGGUUUCGGUCGGAUAAUCCUGGUGUGUGGGCUUUCCAUUGUCAUAUAGAGUCUCAUUUCUAUAUGGGGAUGGGAGUGAUUUUUGAAGAAGGAAUUGAUAGGGUUGGGAAGCUUCCUUCAUCCAUCAUGGGUUGUGGCAAAUCCAAAGGCAUUAAUUAAACAAGCAAUUUCAUUUUUUCAUUUUUCAAUUCUUUUUUACUCAAAAAUCAUCCUGAUAUGUAUGUUUGUAAGAGGUAGUAUUAUACAAGUUGUGCCUUCCUUAUAGUAAAUAGGUUGUAAAUCUUGUAAUAAAAAAAAGAAAAAUGUUAUAAAGGUUGUAAAGUGUAAUUGUACUGUGUGCAACAAAGUGUAGUGUUAGAGCAGUUCAGAAAUUAUCAUGCUCGCGAAACCUUUUGACUUUGGAACUUUGACAUAAACACA